AUGCGUCGAUGUUCCCCAUCGAUUGCAACGAAUAACCGAAUUCAUGAACCAUUGACAGAAGCUGAACUUCGGUCACGUACAGUUAUUACACCUGAGGAUGUGCUACGUCUUAAUAAAAUCACAAAUGAUUAUCUAUGUCAACCAGAUGCAAAUAUUUAUAGUAUCGAAUUUACUCGAUUUAAAAUUCGAGAUUUAGAUACAGAUCAGGUUUUGUUCGAAAUCGCUAAACCUACCAUUGAUAGAUGGCUUCUUUCUCCUUCAGAAGAACUUGAUGUCGACGAUCUGAGCUUGGUUGCAUGUGAAGAUGCUAGUGCUGCUCGUUUUGUGCGUUAUCAGUUUACUCCUGCUUUUCUACUUUUGAAACGUGUAGGUGCAACAGUAGAAUUUAAUGUUGGUAAUAAAGCAGUGAAUAAAUUUCGCAUGAUUGAGCGGCAUUUCUUCCGCGAUCGUUUAUUAAAAAGUUUCGACUUUGAAUUUGGCUUGUGUAUACCGAAUAGUCGUAAUACUUGUGAGCAUAUAUAUGAUUUUCCAGAACUUUCCGAAGCACUAAUAAAUGAAAUGAUCUCAAGUCCGUACGAAACACGUUCCGACAGCUUCUACUUCGUAGAAGACCGACUAAUUAUGCAUAACAAAGCUGAUUAUGCUUAUAAUGGUGGCGAUUGA